AUGGCGCCUCAAGACUCCUUCAUCGAGGAAGAUGAAGAUGUCUGCCCUCUUUGCAUCGAAGAGUUCGACUUGUCCGACCGAAACUUUCGACCUUGUCCCUGUGGCUACCAGGUCUGUCAGUUUUGCUUCAACAACAUCAAGAAUAAUAUGAAUGGUCUGUGCCCGGCAUGUCGACGGCCAUACGACGAGAAGACUAUUCAGUGGAAGGUCGUAACACAAGAAGAGGUUGCCGAGUUCCGUGCGAAUAUCCAGAAGAAUCAGCGAAAACGAGCCCAGGAACAGCGUCAAAAAGAGGUUCAGAAACGCGAAGCCGAGAAAGAGAACCGCAAAAACCUUAUCGGAGUCAGAGUUGUGCAAAAGAAUCUCGUUUACAUUACAGGUCUAGCGCCCACGGUCCGCGAGGAUGAGCUCCUCAAGACGCUGAGGAAGCCUGAAUUCUUCGGGCAGUACGGCGUGAUUCAAAAGAUUUCGAUUAGUAAUCGGAAGAGCUCGGAUGGCCAGCACCAUUCACUUGGCAUCUAUGUCACUUUUGAAAAGCCUGAAGAGGCAACAAGGUGCAUCCAAGCUGUCCACGGAUCACAGAAUGGAGACAGGAUACUCAAGGCUCAGUACGGAACCACUAAGUAUUGCUCUGCGUGGCUCAAGAACGAGAAAUGCAACAACCCGGGCUGUAUGUUCUUACACGAGCAGGGCGAUGAAGAAGAUAGCUAUACUCGUCAAGACCUGUCAUCCAUGAACAGCAUUCAUACACAAAGGCCUUUGCCUGGCGGAAACAGUACCUCUUUUCGAACAACGCCCCGACAGCAAGUUUCGCAGCCGACCCUCACGCCCAUUUCGCAGUCGAUGGCGCGUACUUCGAGUAAAGAGGGCUCCGACUACGGACCUGAUGGCUCUGCUCUACCUUCGUCGGCUAAUUGGGCACGAAAUCCUCAACGCAGCCGGAGAGGAAGCCAUGCCACGAGUGGCGCUCCGUCCAGCCCUGCUAUUUCAGCCUCUUUGCCUACCACGACCGAAGUUGCUCAAGAAGCUGUGGAAGAUGCCGGAUCUCCCCCUCCUGCUCAGCAAGCGGAAGAAGAACAAGUGUCAAAUCAAGACUCUGCUGAAGCACCGCAGCCCCAAUCGUCAAAGAGCCCUUUAGUGAACAUUCUGCGGGCAUUGCAGAACUGCACGUUGUCCAACCUAGUUGCCCCCCAAGUCAACGAAUUGGGUCCUCCUUUAUUCGACAUUCGAGGCGGAAAGAAGCGAAAGGAAAUGCGUGAAGACGACGACGCACGAAUCAGCGGGGACCAGAAGAAUGCGACUGAAGGACCGGCUCAGCCAGAAGGUGAAGCAGAGGCGGGCGGCAGCCUUGCCCUUGGCGGCGAGCCCGAAGAACGCGAAGUAAUGGGCGAUGGACAAGCAUUCGAGCACCGGCACAUCAACACAUUUCCUCCGAUCCAAAGAAGCAAUGCCGACACCCUCUUUGGUCCUGCUCUCAAUGGCUCAAACUUCAAUCCGGGUACAACCCAGAUGGGUCGGGGGAUUACGCCCCAGCAUUUGAUGUCACUGCGCCCUCAAUCUGGGUUCAGCGAGCUGGCCCCUUCAAGCCUCUCUGGCCAGGCCGCAUUUCAGAAUCCAGGCCACAAUCGUCAAUCAUCUCGAUUCAGCUUCAUGGCUGACAGUCCGCCAGCAUCGACCAAUCUCAAGUUUGCUACGAAUCCUAGAAUAAUGGGUCAGCAAUCAUCCAUGAUCCCUAGUUCGUUACAGUCCUCAGGCAACGGACACUUUUUUGGCAGUUCCAUGCCGGCGCCACCGCCGGGACUCAAGUCUACCAACACGCCACCGAACCUUUUUGGUCAGGGAUUUGGUGGCUCCGGAUUUGGCGCUGCCACGAAGGACUCAUCUGGCGAUUUAUUGCAGAGUUUAAUUAGCAGGAGCCGAGGCAGUGGCAACCAGCCUCAUGACGGUGGAAAGCCUCCUACUUCUGGCCUUUUGGCAUCGCUCUACGGUAACCACCCCGGAGCAUUCCAAGACUUUGGCUCGAAGCAGAAGAAGAAGGGGAAGAAGCAUAGACAUGCUAACACUUCCUCCUCGGGGGGGAGUGGUCUAGUGGAUCUUGCGGACCCGAGUAUACUGCAGGCGAGGAUGCAGCACCAAACGCAAAGCAACACCGGAGUCAAUCAAGGAGUUUUUAGCGGUCAGAGCCAAGACCAUGAUCUUCAGUUGCCGGAUGAGGCCCAACUAUCCGUGGAUGCACUGGUCUCGGAUGAUCCGGUACCGGCCCUGGCGUCACCUCCUGUCAUCGACGUGGACUCUCAUCGUCUGGCUUCUCAAGCAGGUAGCGCUGAUACUCUUGGUCAACCGAACCAAGACGCAUCGAAGCAGACUCAGCCACAACGGGCGAUUGCGACUCCAGCUACGCCUCAUAUCUCAUCUCUCACCCCUCCUUAUAAUCUAGUGCCAUCUGUUCAGGGUUCUUCCAAAGCGAACCUGACCGAUCAAGAGACUGACAUCCGCGCGAAAGCUUCUACAGCAAAGGACUCUUCAGCACCCCCACCCACAUCGGCAAAAGGCGGUAUACUUCAGGAAAAAGACUUCCCUGCCUUGGGCGCGCCAAGGACAAUCGAAACCAUGGGCGCCGGCAUCAGCUUAGCUGCCCCUAAGACAGUUGCGUUGAAAAGCAGACCAUUGACCAGGAGACAGGAGGACCGAGGCCCCGAGGCCCAGGACGAGGAUCCAGGACUUACCGCCAAGGUGCCUGGACCUCACUCUACAAAGACCAGUGACGCCAAACCUGUGGAACAGGCAGCUCCCACUGCCGGAGCCAAUCUCGUUCCCCAGCCUGUUGACGGCAUCGCCAAAUCAGACGAUUCAGCAGAAAACUCCAGGUUUCCACCCCUGCCUGCUCCGACGAUUGGCAAUGGCAUGUCUACAGCUUCGCGAGCUGUACCAAAGACAUUGAGAGUGGUCUCUUCAUCAGUCAAGGCAGAGACCCGCUCUGCUUCGCCAUCACCUGCUCCAGUAUCCAGUCCUGCUACGGGGAAGCUGGUCCAAUCACAGCGGCCUGGCACUCCCGCCAGCGAAAUGAUCAGUGACACCGCCUCUGUUACGUCGUUUUCGGUUUCCGUAUCUCGAGCUGGAUCCCCUCCCUUGAGCAGAGUCGGCACUGCUCCGGUACGAGGCACUACCAAGAGCCAACAGCGCAAGCAGCGCAAAGAGGUCUUGAAGCAAGAGACAAAGAUCAUAGCUGAAGCACCCAAGACAGACACUGCAGAGCACGCCCCCGUUAUUGGACGGAAGAAGAAACAGAAGAAGGAAAAGCCCCCUAGGGAGGCCAACGCUUCGUCUUCAGCAGCCACUCCCACCGAGACACCAAAGGCAGAAGCGGCAACACUCUCCAAGGGCGAAGGCAAACAAGUGGCUGUCGAGCAUGAUGGGGCAUUGAAGACGGAGAGUACGACGCAUUCGCCCAAUGAAAAGCUAGAUGCUCGAAAGAACUCGACGAAAGGGGCAAGUGAGCCCCUUGCUUCGCCAUCGCCAUCGCCUACGCCUCCAUUGCCCAAAGCAUCCGAGUCAGCGGACAAGUCCCCUGAAAGGUCACAGUCGAGCCCCGCGUCUGUCUUUGCCGCUAUAAAGGAUUCUCUCUGCACCGCUGCGCCAGAAAAACUGCAGCUGCUGAAGCCCGUUUCGAGCAACUCAUCCAGGCCAGAGCACAAUCCGCUGAACCCAUCGGGGAAACGAGAAGAUUGCAAUCAGAGCUCUUGCAGGUGUGGUGAGAUGCAAGACGCCGAUCUUGCGGCGCUGCGUGCCGGAAAGCCUGUGCGCAAGCAGUUCCAUACUGACGGCAGCCGCAUGCUUAUUACCCCCCACGGAGAUUGCAUUCGCGGGCUGACGCCAGAGGAAGAGGACACCUUCUUGGCCCUCCAAACCGCCAUUGCUGCAACGGCAGAGAAUCCUGCUGCAUUCGUGGCGCCGAGACAUCAGCCCAGCAGCGGCGCUUUCUCCCUCAUCAAGGGUCGAGCUGUCCCUAAUGGACGGCCGAACAUCUUCCCUUCUACUACGCAGCCACAAACACAGGAUCCGAUUGGCAAGCUCCAAAGGGAGGAUGCCUUAAGCUACAUCAAUCAGUACGUGUUGCCGAGGCUGAGUCUCGGAGCUACAAGCAUGGGUUUUCCAAAGGGAGCAUCUUCUACUCGUGACUCAGCGAGCCUCAACUCUCUGGCGCCCUACUUCUACGGUCCUGAUGCUGCCGCUGGUGUUGGCAUCUACAGCUCACCCGAAAGUGCUCGGGCUAUACAAGAUUUUGCUGCUCCGGGAAUGUCACUUGAUGAAAUCGGCAAAGGAGCCGCAGCUAGUUCAAUUGGGAACAUGCCCCUGAUGAGCGUGGAAGAUGCCGAGGCAGCUCUGACCGCGGCUAAGAAGGAGACUGAGAAACUUGAGAAGGGCCUGAAUCUGGUAAUCAAGCGGAAUCGGCGGCUCUUGCUCGGGGCUUGA